CUCUCUCUUGUUUCCUCAUCAUCACUUUCUAUAUAACCCAUUCCAAAAUCCCUACUCUUCUUCUCCAGACAUACCAACCCUCAUUACUUUUCUCUCUCUAUUUCUCUGCAAAUCCUAGAAAAUCUGAACCAACUUUCUCUCCAUCCAAACACAAAAGCGAAGUAACGCAUACACCCAUUAGGGAAAAAAACAGAAAGGAAGGAUGAUGGUUGAGAAAGAGGAUCUGGGUUUGAGCCUGAGCUUGAGUUUCUCGAACCAGAAUCGUCACUCGGUUCAGAGGGGUAGUCAUAAUGAUAAUAAUAAGCUCAAUAAUCUCAUGCUCACCUCGUUCGUUCCGUCUUUGUCAACUUCUUCUUCUUCGCCUUCUUCUGGUUUCAAUGUCAAUCUUCAUCAGAAACCUUCUUGGAACGAGUCCUUCCCUUCUUCUGCAGGUCCGAAUUCUGAGACGUACAGAGUUGAGACUCGAACUUUACUCCGGGGAAUCGACGUGAACCGGUUGCCGUCGACGGUGGAUUGCGAAGACGAAGCCGGCGUUUCGUCGCCGAACAGUACGGUCUCUAGCGUUAGCGGGAAGCGAAGCGAGAGAGAAGCAGUUAAUGGCGACGAUAACGAAAUGGAGAGAGCUUCUUCUCGAGGUAUCAGCGACGAAGAAGACGGCGAGACCUCGAGAAAGAAGCUCAGGCUCUCCAAGGACCAGUCCGCCAUUCUCGAAGAGAGCUUCAAAGAGCACAACACUCUCAAUCCAAAGCAAAAGGGUGCGUUGGCCAAGCAGUUAGGCCUCCGGCCACGACAAGUGGAAGUGUGGUUCCAGAACCGUAGGGCAAGGACUAAGUUGAAGCAAACCGAAGUUGAUUGCGAGUUCUUGAAGAGGUGCUGCGAGAAUCUGACGGAGGAGAACAGGCGGUUGCAGAAGGAAGUUCAGGAGCUGAGAGCACUGAAACUUUCUCCACAAUUCUACAUGCAAAUGACCCCACCAACGACUCUCACCAUGUGUCCCUCGUGUGAGCGUGUAGCGGUCCCACCCUCGUCGUCCUCCGCCGCCUCCGAGUCCCGGCCCCAUCAUCAAACGAUGGGCCCCGCCCACUCUCGGCCCAUACCCAUCGGGCCAUGGGCGGCGGCAGCAGCCACCCCUGUACAACAUCGGCCGUUCGAUGCCGUCCACCCCAGGAGUUGAGAGAGAGAGAUCGAAACGUUAGGGGCAGUUUGGUCAUUUUAGAAUAUCCAAAAGUUCUUACUAAAAGAAAAUUAAAAAAAUUUGGUGUUACUCAAGUAUGUACGGAAGUUCCAUAUGUAAAAGUGCACCCAUUAACAAUGGUUGAAAUUCCAAUGGUGGAGUCUAAGAUAUGGUAGUUGGAAAAUAUGAUUUGGUGGGUCUUCAAGUUUUGUAUUAUUCGAUGGCACCCAUCAUCCUCUUUUGUUGGGAGGUUUGUCUCCUAUGUUUAGAAUUUAGAUUAGUUCUUAUGAAAAAAAAAGGAGAAAAAAAAUAUUUUACUAAUACUAGUGCUAAAUGCUAAUAUGAUACUACUAGCUUCAAGCCUUUGAACCAAAAAAAAUGUACCCUUUUAGAAGGUUUUGGAAGCGGGACCUUUGCCUGUAAAGUUCGCUAUUCUAAAUUUGAUUAAUUUCUACCUUUUAACAUUUGUUAAUUA